UUUUUCAGGUCAGGUCAUUCAGGUCUCACUGUAGAAGAACUUGGUUUUAGAAAAUGUCAUUAUAACAAGUGCUGAAAGGUUUUGUUCCUAGUUGCAUGUCCUUGUAUUGACCACUAGAUGCGGCUGUAGCAAUUUCACCGUGCGUUUGCCCGCGUAUGUUUAGAGAGAGAGAGAUCGCAAGAGAGUGAGAGAGAAAGUGAGCGUCCAGAGAACAGGAUCUCAUGUGUUGUUUACAUCCUCAGAUGUACUAAGAUCCUGUUAUCUUAGUACAUCUGGUCUGUUCUUCAUGAUAAUGACUUAACGCCAAAGUUUGGAUGACUUUGUGUUUUUUUCUUCUUCAACAUUUCAAAUACCUGCUGAGCUCCAAACACCGUCUCCACAAUGAGCGCGUCUGCAGGAACAGGAGUGUUUGUCCUCUCCUUGAUGUCCAUACCUAUUUGUUAUUUAUUCAAUUCCUGCUUUUACAACAGCAGCGCUGACGGCUUCAGCUUCGCUGGAUGUACAACAUUUCUUACCCUGGCAGUCUCAGCACACUUUAUGGCCAAGAAGAAGGCUCCAACAGACCCACUUUUCUAUGUAUACGCUGUGUAUGCGUUCCUGAGUGUGGUUAAUCUGAUCAUCGGGUUAGAGCAGGACAACAUCAUCGAUGGAUUUGUGACAUUUUAUCUUAAGGAGGCAGAGCCACAGGUUAACACAGCCCACGGCCACAUGAUCUCCUACUGGGACGGCUGUGUUCAUUAUCUCAUGUAUCUGCUCAUGAUUGCUGCCAUCACCUGGGGGGACAGUUACCGAGCCAUUGGACUCUACUGGGUGGGAUCCUUUCUCAUGCAUGCCACAGUCUACAUUCUUGGGAACGCUGUGGGGAAGUAUUGGAGCCAUGUUGGUCCUCUGUUCCUCCUCCACAUGCUGCACGUCUCAGUGGCAGUCUGGGCCUGUUUCCGCAUCUUCAGCCAGCCACAAGCCCAAGAUGUUCAGCUGAAUGGAGUCCAGGAAGUGCAAAGAAAAAGUCUACACCACAGACCUCUGGACCUCCUGUUUGUUGUCUACCUGGUCCCUGCGCUGGUCUUCUGUGUCUUCAGGGGACUGGUGGUUCUGGAUUGUCCCAGCAGGUUUUGUCGAGAUUAUUCCCAGCUGUAUGAACCUUACCUGAAGGACCCGUCAGCCUACCCUAGAGUCCAGAUGCUGGUGGCCAUGCUGUACUCAGGCCCGUACUACAUCUUUACUCUGUAUGGACUCUUGGUCCCUGGAUGUGAGUGGAUGCCAGAUCUGACACUCAUUCACUCAGGAGCACUGGCUCAGGCCCAGUUCUCUCAUAUCGGUGCCUCGCUCCACACUCGGACGCCUUUCUCCUACAGAGUACCUGCCGACAGCCAGCCGGUGUUUCUGCUGAUUAACAUCCUGUAUGGUCUGGUGCCUCAGGCUCUGUGCUACCGCUGCUGCACCAGGCCUGAAUUCUUUCUCAAGCCAACACCUGAAAAGAAAAGGACUGACAGUGAAGUGUCAGGGAGAGAGAGAGACAGAAAGGGAGAGACAGGCAGCCAGAGACACAGACUGACACAGAGGAGCAGGAGUGAUGAAUUGAUUAAAUGAAAUGUAAUAAAGGGUUAUUUGUAAGUUAAAAAAGGCCAUAUAUUGUGCAGUUCUUGGCAGCAACUGUGUUUGGAACAUCCAACUCCCCUUUAUCAAGAGGGAUGACAUUAAUAUUCUCAGGUAUUAGCUGUGUACUGCAGUGGAGGGCGUGUAUAAUAACACUGAGUAUUUGUCUCAAACUGGCUGAUAAUACUGUUAUAUUUUUUGAUAAGCAUUUGUUAAGAACACAUGCUUUUAAAAUGCUUUGCUGUUGACUGUGAAAAGUCUCUGUGUAGCACUUCUACACAGCUGUUUGACAAAUAAAGGUAUAAAUAUUGGAAUUGUGCACAUUUUACAUGGUUUUCCAACAUAAUAUACCAGUAAAUGCAAACUGUACGUGGGGUACAACCUGGACAGUUUGCCAGUCAAUUUCAGAAUUAAUAUAAAUUUUACUAACAUAAUAUAAAACAAUAACCAUUUAAACUCACGUUUGAACAGUUUAAUGUCUACGUCUAGAUUUAAUGGGAGAAACUCACACUCAGAGAAAACAUAAUUCAACCGAAGGAACCCAUAAUGCAUUUUUUAUCUGUAACAAAGUUACAACGUUUUAACUGUAUUUAAAAAAAAGUGUAAGUGUAUUUAAAUCUAAAUCAUGUUAGUUUAA